CUUAUGAGUUAUUUUAGCGUGGAACAAAAUCUUUAUUUUUGCCACAUGUAGUUCUCAAAAUGCCAAAAACAUCGACCAACGUGUCGUUAGGAUUCCACUUUUUACUCAUUUUGGCAUUUUCCGGUGCAGUUUCUUAAUUAUUCAGGCACAUUUAAAGAUUUCUGCAUAUUGAUUAAUUGAAGCGGUGGGCCUCACAUGCAGGCAGCAAUAACUGCAUAUUGGCAAAUACGCCGGUUAUUGUGAUGAAAAGUAUAUUGAAUGGAAGGCCAUCUCGUUUCUACACCGUUUGUUUGGAUAACUCAUAGCAAUAAAUAACAAUUAAGGGAAUUCGACGACCAUAUAUGAUGCGAGCCGUGAGCAAGGCAGACUGGGUAAUUACGUGUUUUCAUUAGUGCUGAAGAUCUGUGGGAAACCUUCCAGCUGAAUAAAACAAAAAACUCAAGUAAAAGGCAAGCGUCGCUAGUUUCAGCCUCGAGAAAAUCCUUAAAGCAAUAAAAUCCAUAGCAGUUGUUGAGUGACGCUGUAAUGGAAGAACCGCCUACCAAUUCCUCGAUUUUAAACGAGACUUUCACGGUAAUAAGCACUGAAUUACCGACGACCCAUCGUGGAAGAGGAACUAUGGAUGGUCCCGGAGAUGCCGUGUGGAUAUUAACCAGUGCUUUCAUAAUUUUCACAAUGAUCUCUGGUUUUGGUCUGGUAGAAUCCGGUAUGGUCUCCAGGAAGAACGAAGCGAAUAUCAUGGUGAAAAACGCGGUAGAUGUUAUAUUUGGCGGCUUGGGUUUCUGGAUGUUCGGCUUCGCCUUCACUUUUGGAAACGAGCACGGGGCGAAUCCAUUCUCUGGUUACGGAAGUUUCUUCACUGAUGCGGAAGAAACGCGUAUGGGAGAUGUAUUUGCACUCUAUUGCUUCCAAGCUUCUUUUGCGACAACUGCAACGACCAUCGUCUCAGGAGCAGUUGCUGAAAGAAUGAACUUAAAAGCGUACAUCAUCUUUGCCUUCACGAACACUCUGACCUACUGCUUCCCCGCUCACUGGGUGUGGGGUGAAAACGGGUGGCUUAGAACUAUGGGUGUGGUCGAUAUGGGCGGGGCUAGUCCGGUACACCUGGUAGGAGGAGUAGCUGGACUGGUCGCUACUAUCAUGCUGAAGCCUCGAGUGGGAAGAUUUAAAAGUGUUUCAGGUGCUGGUGCACCAUUAAGGCAUAACAUGGGAUGUCCGACAAAUGUUUUACUUGGUAUGUUUAUGUUAUGGUGGGGUUGGCUUGGUUUCAACUGCGGGAGCACAUUUGGGGUCAGUGGUGGAAGAUGGAAACUUGCUUCUCGAUCAGCGGUCUGCACUAUAAAUGCGUCAUGUGGUGGUGGUGUGUUCGCAACUUUCUACAGUUAUAUAAAAUGCAACAGGUUGGACAUUCCCUUCUUUAUGGUUGGAGUGCUUGGUAGCCUGGUCAGCAUCACUGCUAUCUGUGGCGUUGUGAGGCCUGGGGAGAGUCUUGCUAUUGGUUUCAUUGGCUCAGCGAUCUCAAUCAUUGGUUGGCAAAUCCUUAACAAGAUGAAGAUCGACGACCCUGUGGGUGCUGUCUCGACCCAUGCAGGAGGCUCGAUCUGGGGAAUGAUAGCUGUUGGGCUGUUUGUUGAAAAGGACACGCUCGAGAACACAUUUUCAGAAACAUAUGGCGCUUUCAAGGGCGGCCAUGUAAAAAUACUCGGAGUCCAGCUCUUGGCCUGCGUCUCCAUAACUGUAUGGACGAUCAUAACAGUCUUCAUACAGCUCUACAUCAUCGAUAAAUCGGUGGGUCUGAGAUUUCCUUUAGAGGAAGAAGUUCUGGGGGCGGACGCUUGUGAGCAUGGAAUCGACCAAUCAGAAGCAAGACUCGAGAGUCACGUGCACCCUGUUCCAGAGUCACGGAACAAGGUGUUCCCGAUCACCGAAGGUGACAACAUUGGAGGAACAAUUUUAAGUGUCAACUGUAGUCGUGAGAAGCAGUGUGAAAACCGACAGCCUGGUGACGCUGAGUUACUAGAUUGUGAGCAGCCUGAUGCCGAGUGUACAAGCGAUGAUGGAUCACAAGAAAACAGAGAAGAUUGCCAGAAUAUCGCAAGCAGAAAUCGAGAGCUAGAACCUCACGAAAUUGGUUCCUCCAACAAUUCCAGCAUCUCUACCAAAAGUAAAUGGGCUAAGGUUUUCAAAUCCAAGAGAAAGUCCAGCCUUCACUCGGGCAAUGAGAAACGACAAGUCCCCAAGGGAUCGUCUUUUUCCAAAGUGAAGGUUCCCGUGAUCAUAACCCUUACACCAGCCGAUGACGCAAGAGAAUUUAGACUGAGUUUUAGUGACGUAAGCAUCUUAAAAAAGUAAAUGUUUAUAUAGUCACCUCGGGUGUUGCAACUGAAAAUUGCGAUCUAUAAUGUAGUUAAAUGUUAGCUCGAGAAGAACAAAGGAACAACGUUAGUUAGGUCGGUUUAUUGAGUGAGAUAUUUUAUGUGGGGAUUGGAAUGUGACAUCAAUGCUCCCUCCGUAUUAAAUCAUGUCAUAACUCAAAGCAUAUGUAUAUGUUAGACUAAUCAAUGACGGAACAAGGAGUGCAAACUAUAAGAUAGUGUUUUCAAAUCCUUUUUCUUUUUUUCUAUGCCGUGUGGAGGUUGGGGAGCGAAAGUGUGGAAAAAAGGUAUCAGUUCAGUAAUCUCCAUUGUAACUUUGAUUUACGUUUGUUUUCGUAAUUGUUUGGAAACUAAAAAUCAUACACGCAAUAUUUACUGUUAGAAAAUGGAUUCAUUUACUAUCAAAUCUGAAGCCUGAACGUUCAAAUGUGACAAAUACUUGACGUUUAUGUCCUUUUUUCGUUAACAUUGAUUUAAUGUAAAAUUGCUUCUUGAAUGGAUUCAAAGUCUGUUAGCAUAUUAACAUAUCCAAUAAUGAUAACACAUUAACGAUACUUGAGAACAAAUGCGUUUGUUCCAGUGAAUAGUUAGAUGUAUAUAUGAUACCAAAAAAGAAACAAGAUACAGUGAAAGUGUAGAACA